CACUUCGAUGCUGCGAAUAGUGUUGGAAGAUUCUUCGCACGAUAGGAUGAAAAAUCUUUGUUCGUGGUGUCAACAAAACCAAAAGUUACUUGAGUUGAGUUUCUGUUCUUGAUUCUUUGAUUCGAGCAUGAUGGAAGGAAAGAGACGUGAAGUUAGGAGGUUGCCUCAUCAUGAACAAUUGAAUCUGUGCACGACAAGGCCUGCAUACCGACAAGGGAGGCAAUUAACAGCUGUUAAGGUUUAUACAGUAAAUGAUGAAUCACAGCAUCUGAUAAUUACUGGUGUGCCUUCGCUAGGCUUACAAGAUGAUUUACGCAAGCUCUGUGGUCGGUUUGGAGAUGUGAAGUCACUCAUUUAUGUCCCAAAUCAUGCCACAGAACAGUUUGUGGAGUCAUACCAUAUUCAGUAUGCCAGGAUUCAAAGUGCUAGAUUUGCUAAACGUCAAAUUGAUGGAAGAGCAUUUUUUGGAGGCUCACUACAUGUGUGCUAUGCCCCUGAAAUGGAAUCUAUUUCUGAAACAAGAAAUAAACUUAUUCAAAGAAGACGAGAUGUAGCUAAGAGAUGUAUUUCAAAUGACAGUUCUGUCCCAACCACUUCUAAAUUUAGUUUGAGGAGAUUCAGGAACCAUUCAGGAGCACAAGGGAACAUGGAUCAUGCUAUGAACAGUUCAUCACUCACUAAUUGCAUAUGGAAUGGUCAAGAAACUAAGCAUGACCCUCGUGUUUUGGCUCCUGCAGAAAUUUUGGAAAAGGUGUCAUCUGACGUUUAUGGGCCACUGCCAUGUGCACCUGACUGGAGAGACGUUGGUGUAAAAGAAGUUUCGUGGACAUCCCUGCCCUCCAAACAGUCAUCAGCUUCAUCUAAAAUUGCUCAUGUGAGACAAGCCUUGCCUCUAGUACUUCCUAGCCAGCAAACGAAGUCAAUAUCAACAAGUACUCCUUCCCAUUUGAAAGUGGUUCAAUCCACUUUCAAUAGCAAAUCUGUACCUUCAAUUUUAAAGCUUGUGCCCUCCCAAGUAAAAGGAGUUCAAAAGAAAAUAGUUUUCCAUCCCAAGAAAUGUGCUCCUUUGAAUGAAACAACUGGUAUUCAAUCAUUAGAUGCUACAAUCCAGUCAGUUAGGGAGAAAAUCAGAGCGGUUGGAGUCCCAAAUGUGAAGAUCUUGCUAGAGAAAAAAGGAGAGGGGCAUUUAACUAAAUUUAAAUGAGUAUGAAUCUGUUGAGUUACUAUAGCACAUGAGUCAGUUGUGUGUGAUUAAAAAAAAUGUGAUAGUUACAUGAAAGCUGAGUUGAUAAGUAACAUGGAAUUUAUUCUUAACUUAUUGCUUUGGCUUACAAAUUUAAUUCAAAAUAAGACUGCCUUUGGGCAAAAUACAUA